CCUGGAAAUGUCCUUUAACUGCCUGGAGGAUGUGGAAAGCACCGUUCCAGUCAGCCCUUUGCACUUAGCUGCCUACAAUGGUCACUGUGAAGCCCUCAAGGCCCUGGCGGAGACGCUGGUGAACCUGGACGUGCGGGACCACAAGGGCCGCACCGCGCUCUACCUGGCCACCGAGCGCGGCGCCAGCGAGUGCGUGCAGGUGCUCACCAGCCACGGCGCCUCCGCCCUGGUCAAGGAGAGGAAGAGGAAGUGGACGCCUCUCCACGCUGCAGCUGCCAACGGGAACACGGAUUCCCUGCACCUCCUGAUCGACAGCGGCGAGCGGGCGGACAUCACCGACGUCAUGGACAUCCACGGCCAGUGNUGGAAGGGUUCCAGAAGUGACUUGGAAGGGUUCUAG